AUCCUGCCCACAAGACCGGCUGAUGCUGGGUCUGCGCGCAUCGAGCUCAUUGAUCUUAGCGAACUUGCUGGACAUGUUGUGGCUGAGGCUACUGAUCGUAUGACUGUACUCGAAAUGGUGCUUGAGGCACAGCAUGGUCACCAAACUAAACAGGUCACUAUUGAUGACCAUCCCAAGGCCUUAGCCCCAGUCGCCGCUAGUGUCGAAAUUGGCGGAGAGUUUGCAGUCGAAUCCGCAUUCACCAUUGACACCGAGAUUGCUGAGUUAAACCUUGGUGAGUCAAGCUGUCUAGAAACAAUAGAAGCCGAGCUGAGUGCUAUACAAAACCUGUGCCAGACCUGGGGACGCAGCCUAGGUGAAGAGGCUGGGCAUCCUGGGCCUAUGGAUCCCCGCAGUACCAUUAAGGCUGACGUGUUAGCCAGAUUGGCCGACACAACAUCUGCAGCAGCAGCAAACGAGGACACAGGCUUACUUCUUAGCUAUCUCGGACUUCUUGUGAAGAACAAUGGGAAUACUCCAACAUCUGAUAUCGUAUCUCUAUUGUUGGAUGGUCAUUUGCCUCGCUCAUCAGACCUGCGUUUUCGAGCUACAGUCUAUGGUUCUCCCGUGCCUGGUCGACAAGUCGCUUCUCCGGAAACAUUUGGAAUUCACUGUGCUGGGGGUUAUCGCUCAACACUGGCUUCCCUACCUCCUAGUGCCCCGACCAGUGGGCGUCAGAGUCCCAGUGACCUGCGUUUCUUGUCUUCUGAUGCUAAACAGUCUAUCACUGGGGCUAAUCUUAACUCAUUGCUGCGCAGGGCUGAGGCUAAUGCCAUCUUCGGUGGUUCAUCACUCACAACCUAUCCAGAAGACAAGACGUUAGAUAGAUUUAGACAGGCAAGUUCUAAAGUUUGGGCCUUAAGCAUUUUGCAGCUUUCCAAAUUGUUCUAG